CCCCCUUCCCUUCCCCCACCACCUCUCUCCCUCUCUCCCUCUCUCUCUCUCUCUCUCUCUCUCCGCGCUUGAGGUUGGCGUCGGAGUAGAUUUCCAAGAGCCCUCUCUCUCUCUCUAUUCGUCUCUUGGAUAUGGCAUCUCAGCCGACAGGUGGCAGUCCUCCUAAACCUUGGGAACAAGAAGGAAAUACAUCUGGUCCUAAUCCUUUCAGGCCUCCUUCAAAUACUAGCACGGCUGGUUCAGUUGAAGCUUCUGGCACAGCUAAUCCUGGUGAAGUUGUUUCAUCCAUAAACAGGACUAAUACAUCUCCUAAUAUGAAUGCAUUGAGUAGGCCUGUACCGACUAGACCUUGGGAGCAGCAGAAUUACGGGACCACUAUGGGAGGUUAUGGUUCAAAUCUAGGGGUGAAUUCUGGGUAUGGGUCAGGUACAUAUGGUUCAGCAUUAGGUGGGUAUGGUUCAUCAUAUGGUGGUGGAAUGUAUGGAGGUAGUAGCAUGUAUAGAGGAGGUUACGGUGGCGGUGGUGGUCUAUAUGGAAGUUCGGGCGGCAUGUAUGGUGGAGGUGGGAUGUAUGGUGGCACGAUGGGUGGUUAUGGGAUGGGUAUGGGAACGGGAAUGGGGAUGGGGAUGGGGAUGGGAAUGAGUCCUUAUGGUGGUCAAGAUCCAAAUGACCCUUAUAAUCAACCUCCAUCUCCACCAGGCUUCUGGAUUUCAUUUCUCCGUGUGAUGCAAGGUGCUGUGAAUUUCUUUGGCCGUGUAGCGAUGCUUAUAGAUCAAAACACGCAGGCCUUUCACAUGUUCAUGUCUGCGCUUCUUCAGCUGUUUGAUCGUGGUGGUAUGUUAUAUGGAGAAUUAGCAAGAUUUGUAUUACGUAUACUUGGGGUGAGAACAAAGCCUAGAAAGAUGCAGCAGCCACCACAAGGGCCCAACGGACUCCCUUUACCCCACCAGCCAAAUAGAAACCAGAACUACAUCGAGGGGCCUAAAGCUGCUGCACCAGCACCAGGUGGUGGCGGUGGUUGGGACAAUGUAUGGGGAAACUAAAUGAUACCCAAAUCCUUCAGCAUUGCUUUAUAUACACCAUGAAAACCCAGUUGGUUACUGAUAGAAGACAAGUCGUGCAGCAGCCUGCAACGCAGAUUGGGAUAUACGAAAGCCAGAUAUUUGUUUACAAAUCGAGUCUCUUCUUCUCUUCUCUCCAUCUCUCUACUCAGUUUUCUGGUUGUGUGAUAAACAAACCGCUGAUAGAUGUCGAACUCAAUAAAAUGGAAAGUGAAGUUUAAGUGUGUUAAAUUAAAGACCUUUCUAUUGAUAUAUUUUUAUAAUAUUCGA